AUGGGCUGGCGGCUGCUGCCCGCCCUCCUGCUCGCCCUGGCGCUGGGCGGCCCCGCCGCGUGGGCGCAGAACGACACGGAGCCCAUCGUGCUGGAGGGCAAGUGCCUGGUGGUCUGCGACUCCAACCCGACCACCGACCCCAAGGGCUCGUCCACGUCCCCGCUGGGCAUCUCCGUGCGCGCCGCCAACUCCAAGGUCGCCUUCUCGGCCGUGCGGAGCACCAACCACGAGCCCUCCGAGAUGAGCAACAAGACGCGCAUCAUCUACUUCGACCAGAUCCUAGUAAAUGUGGGCAAUUUUUUCACAUUGGAGUCUGUCUUUGUAGCACCAAGGAAAGGAAUUUACAGUUUCAAUUUUCACGUAAUUAAAGUCUACCAGAGUCAAACAAUUCAGGUUAAUUUGAUGCUGAAUGGAAAGCCAGUCAUUUCUGCUUUUGCUGGGGACAAGGAUGUCACACGUGAAGCUGCCACUAAUGGAGUCCUGCUGUAUCUGGACAAGGAGGAUAAGGUUUACCUGAAGCUGGAGAAAGGUAAUCUGGUUGGUGGAUGGCAGUAUUCUACGUUUUCUGGCUUUCUGGUCUUUCCCCUGUAAAGUCAAUUUUCCUGUGACAUUCAUCCAGGUAUGGACUCAUCAUUGCCUCUGUUACAUGAAGAUAAUUUUAUCAUCAUGGGAUUGAUGUUUUGUUAUUGGUUUUUCAUGGGUGAAUAUGGAUUCUCCCUGUGGAUUUUGGCCCCAUCUGAACUACUCACAAGUUUCACAGAAUUCUGUGUGUUUAAAUACAAUAUAUUUGGACUGAGACUAAAGCAGACAAUAAAUAUCUAUGCUUAACAUUACAGUCUAAAGCUGCCUGCAAGAUUUAUUCCAAUCACAUUUUCUGGACUUACUGGAUUCAUGGGAGAAGUGGAUUUUCUUUAAUUAUGAACAGACUGGCAACCAGGUCUUUAAUGUAGGAGAGUUGGAGUUCAGACUUCAAUCAAGAGUUAGUGUGUUGCUGCCAAAGAACUGUAUAUUGAUAUAUAGGUCAUACAUGUUUUUGUCACUGGGACUUUACUGCCAUGAUCUAUUCCAUUGUCUUGAGAGAGGUAAUUAUCAUUGAUAAUUGACUUUAAUUCUCCUCUGAGUGUUAUGUGUUGGAUGGUUCACCCAGGUAUUUAAGCUCUGUCACUGCUCACAUCAAGUGUAGCCCACAUAAACUAAAGGGUUGUGGAUGUAUUUUAGUCGGAUAUAAAAGAUAUUCCUCUUUUCCACGUGCUGAUUUCUAAAAAGAAUAGCAGGUUAUAACCAUUAAGACAAAACUUACCGGGGUUAAAGGUGAUCAUUCAGGCACAACGUCACAAAGCAGCUUUGCCCUGCAGGAAGUCUCACACUUUUUCUUCAAUUUUAAUUAACAUGAAUGAUAAAAACUGCUUUAUUAAAACCCUAAGGGAUUCCUUCCUCAGCCACAAUCACUUUGUUAUGGAGAUGAGAUCCCCCUUGUUUGUAUUUAUGUGUCUUUUUCAAACCUUCUGUUGUGUUAAAGGUAUCAUCUGGUUUUGCCUUAACUCCACAACUGUAUAUAAUUUUAGAUCAUAUGUUUAACAAAUAUUAAAUCCAAAUAGCUGGUACCUAACUUGGUACAGAAGCUUUUCAGCUUUUUGUACAGGUCACAUGAAUUCAUAAAGUUAUUUAUUAUGUCAUUGUUACACAAUAAAGAUUAAUAUAUGUUAGCUG